GGCGUCGCAUGCCCGACGCACCCUGUGGUCUACCCAGGCUCCGCUACUUGUGGCCGCAGCGCUCAGAGAGCUAGACCGGCGACACGAGCACGAAGCGAGGCGCGCCCAGCCGUGAUGGUCAUCCUCGCUUGCUCCAUCGUCACCAAAGGCGGCAAACCGCUCGUGUCGAGGCAGUUCAAUCCAUCGCUCUCUCGGUCUCGGAUAGAAUCACUCCUGCUCUCCUUUCCCAAGCUGAUCCCCCCAGGCGUACAACACACGACGCUGCUCAGCUCGGACAAGAGCGUGCGCUAUGUCUACAUGCCAUUAGAAGAGCUCUAUAUACUCCUCAUCACACCUCCGCUCUCCAACAUCUUGCAAGACCUCGAGACACUCCGGCUCGUCAGCAGGAUCGUGAGCGAGAUAUGUUCGCUCAGCGGCAGAGGCUCCGUCACGGAGAGCGACGUCUCUCGCUGUGCUUUCGAGCUCCUCAGUAGCUUUGAUGAGGUCGUCUCGCUCGGCUACCGCGAACGUGUGGGCAUGCAAGAAGUCAGAGCGGCAAUGGAGAUGGAAUCUCACGAAGAGCGCCUGCAAGAGAUGAUUGCUAGGAACAAGGAGCAAGAGGCCAAGGAAGAGCUCAAAAGACGCGCAAAGCAGCUCGAAAUGCAAAGACGCGAGAUGGCCAAACGCGGUCAGACGCCCUAUGGCGCCCAAGGCAUGUCAAAUGGCUCCGGUGGGGGCUACGACCGAGCUUAUAUCCCACCAACGCUUCCGCCUGUACAGCGACAAGAUUACUCUUCUUCACCGGUCCCUUCUGCCCAACGUCCCGUCAAGAACAAAGGGAUGCAGCUCGGCGCCUCAAGCAAGAUGGGCGCCCGUAAGAAUGCCGAUCUCAUUGAUGCCCUUGGAGGCGAGGUAGCAGAGGCACCUUCUCCCGUCUCUGCCUCGGCUGCAUAUGGCCAGCCUUCUCCUCAAUCUGCAGUCAGCGCGGCGCCCGCGCAUGCCAUCCCAGCGCCUGCUCCGCCUGCCAAGGCGGACAACCCUUUCGCGCCAGACACUAUAGAGACGAUACAUCUGGCCAUCAAAGAGAAGGUCACCAUGGAGGUCAAUAGAGAUGGCGGCUUGAACUCCUUCGAGCUCAAGGGAGAUCUCGACUUGCGCAUCACUGAUCCCGAGCAUGCUCGCAUCGCCGUAGGACUUGGCUAUCUUGAAGGCUUUGGCAGUGACUUGCAAUUCCGCACGCACCCCAACGUUGAUAAGAAAGCGUGGAGUGACUCGAAGAAGCUCGCCUUGCGCGAUGCAAAGAAAAGCUUCCCUGUCGGGCAGGGUCUGGGCGUGCUCAGGUGGCGAAUGACGACCAAAGACGAAAGUAUCGUGCCACUCACCGUGAAUUGCUGGCCAUCGCCGACCGAUCAUGGCUCACUGGAUGUGACGAUCGAAUACGAGCUGCAAAAUACAGAGAUGGCCUUGCACAAUGUCAUUAUCUCGAUACCCUUGCCUGCUGGCGCGUACCCAACCGUGACCUCGGACGAUGCAACGUAUGCGGUUAACCCCACAAAUCAUACGCUCGACUGGGAGCUUGCACUCGUCGACCAGGAUAAUAGCUCGGGCGCUUUCGAAUUCAGUCUACCGAGCGAUGACGCUGACAGCCUGUUCCCGAUCGACGUCGACUUUAUCGCAGAAAAGGGCUUAUGUGGCGUAGAGGUCUUGUCAGUCACACAAGCCAGCACGGGCGAGCCAAUGGUGCACUCCACAGAAUCUCUGCUCAGUACAGAGGGCUACUCUGUGGUAUGACACCUGUAUUUACGAU